UAUUGAUUUUUUCUGUCAUUGGUUGAAUUUGUGACCAAUCAGAAUUUUUUUAGUAAUAUUCGAAAAGAUGGCUGCGUUGCCGUCUCCUACACAGGUAGCAGGAAAUAAUAGUGCCAUAUAUGAAGCUUAUUACAAUGUGGUUGAUCCAAAAGGCUAUGGAACCGUUGGUGGUAUGGAAGCUGCUCGUUUCCUCAAGAAGUCUGGAUUAAGUGAUGUUAUUCUUUCUAAAAUAUGGGACAUGUCAGAUCCUGGCGGGAGAGGUUGCUUGGAUAAAACAGGAAUAUUCAUUGCUUUGAAAUUAGUUGCUUUGGUUCAAAAUGGACAUGAUUUGAAUAUAUCCAAUAUUAAUAUGGAUAUUCCACCUCCUAAAAUGGGAGACAUUCCCUUACCUAAACCUUCUAAACCUCCACCUCCAAGAAGCUCUUUAAUCACAUCCAACAUACAAACAUCUGUAGACUGGACUAUAAAACCUUCAGAAAGAGAUAAAUAUGAUAAGCUAUUUGAUUCAUUGCAACCCGCAAACGGACUAAUCCCUGGAAAUAAGGUCAAAAAUCUCUUAAUGGAGUCAAAACUACCAUUUUUAACUUUAGGAAAAAUUUGGGAUCUAGCUGAUCAAGAUAAAGAUGGUAUGCUAAACAGGCAUGAAUUUGUAGUGGCUAUGCAUUUAGUUUACAAAGCUCUUGAUAGGUAUGCUAUUCCUACCACUUUACCUCCCGAACUAUUGGAACAAGUAUCUGCAAAAACAAGCACUUUGGCUAAAAAUAAAGAAGCUGUAAAAACUGAUCUUCCGCCUUUGACAAUACCAACAUCAAUAUCUCCCAUACCAACCAAAACAGUUUCUCAUAUGGCACCUAUACCACCACUUCUGAAUUGGGUAGUAUCCAAUGAAGAAAAAGAUAAAUCAGAUGCUCUUUUUAUGAAAAGUGAUAUUGACAAGGACGGUUUUGUGAAUGGACAUGAAAUUAAAGAUAUAUUUUUGCAGUCUGGAGUACCACAACCAAUUUUAGCUCAUAUCUGGGCCCUUUGUGAUAUUAAACAAAUUGGUAAACUAAACGAUGAACAAUUUGCAUUGGCUAUGUGGCUGAUUGCUAGAUGCUUAAAAGGCAUUGAACCUCCUGUCACUUUAACAGCUGAAAUGGUACCUCCCAGUUUUCGUAAUAGCAAACCAAUAGAUGGCCUUGUGGAAAAUAAUAAUACUAGGUACUCAAAUCCAGAAUUAGACAUGAUUACCAAAGAUAUAGAAGAACUAUCUAGAGAAAAAUUACUAUUAGAGACAGAUAUUACACAGAAAGAGGCUGACCUCAAAAUUAAGAGUGGAGAAAUAAAGAGUCUUCAAAGUGAAUUAGAUACUUUGGCGGCUACUUUGAAACAAUUAGAAAAUCAGAAAGGAGAAGCACAAAAACGACUUAAUGAUUUGAAAGCACAGGUUGACAAGUUAAGAGUUCAAGCUGCAGAACAAGCAGAAAUGGUGAAAACUCAGGAAACUGAAUUGAAUAGUAAAAAAGAACAAUUAGAAGGACUUCGUGCAGAAGAAGAACGUUUAGAAAAACAAAAGGCAGAAAGUAUAAAUAAAUUGAAAACUCUUUCUCUGAGUUUACAAGAUACACAAUUGAGUAUCAGUCAGGCAAAAGCUUUGAUAACACAACUACAAGAACAAACACGACAAAUGAAUGAUGCUAUUUCAGCAUGUGAUUCCACAAUUGAGACAAAUGAUGUUUCCCAAAUACCCGACGGUCUACUUAAAAUCAAACCUGAAUUUAGGAAUUCUGAAUAUAAGAAGAUUUUGGAUGAAGAAACAAAGACUCAGAAUGGAUUUGAUAUUGACCCAUUCAGUAACCAAAAUGGUCAUUCUUCUGUUGGAUUUGAUGUAGAUCCUUUUCAAAACGAUCCUUUCAAGAAGCAGGAUGCUUUUUCCAAUGAUCAGUUCUCUGUUAAAUUUUCGGAAACGAACAAUACGUUCUCCUCGGAUCCUUUUGGAGGCUCAUUUUCGACAAAUAGUGGACAAGAUGAUCCCUUUAAUGCAUUUGAUAAUCCACAAAAUAAAUCUGCAACCACAGAGGCUGAUAAAGAUCCAUUUGGUUGUGAUCCUUUUGCAAUAUUGCAUGCACCAACAAGAGAUGGUUCGGCUCCACCACGACCCAGCAGUCCUAGUCCCGCUUUACCUCCUAAGAAGAGUAAAAACCCUCCGCCGCGACCUGCUCCGCCUAGGCCACAACCACCAAACAUGAAAAAAUCUCAACAAGCUGACGCCUUUGGUAGUGAUCCUUUCGGAAACAGAGGUGGAUUUGCUGAUUUUUCGGAUUUUGAUGCUAAGCCUUAAUAAUCUUCAUGUAUCCUCUUCAGUUUAAUGAUAAGCCGAUUGCAAAGGUCCAAGCACAGUCUUCUAGUGUUCUCGAUUUUACCGAUGACCCAUUUCAAAAUUAUCGGUACGAGGAUCCUUGUAACAUUACAUUCGAUGACGAGCAGCCAGCCCCUGUUAAGAAGAUCGAAGAAAAAGAAAAAUUCGACCCUUUUGGCCUGGAUGGUCGUCAAUCAGUACCUUUACCUAGUAGCGAUCCAUUUGUUGAUUCUAGUGGUAGAGCUUCUGCGCCCACCAUUACUGAAACGUUUAGUGAGGACCAACAGUUAGCGUGGGCUGCUAGAGAAAGUAUUAAAUUAGAAGAAGAUAGACGAAAAAGGCAAUUGCAGGAGCAGGCUGAUCUAGAAUUAGCCAUAAGUUUAAGUAAAGCCGAGAGCAAACAGGUAUAGCUUUGACCUGAUUAAUAAUAUUAUCGAUCACACAAACAAAAGCUUGACGUAGAUGUAAUUUUUUAUUUUGUGUUUUUUUUGCACUGCAGGAUAAUGUAAUCGUCGAUAUUUUCAAAUAGCUUAUAACAAGUAAUACCAAUACUGAUGGAAAUAGUAACUUGUAGAAUAAACUUAACUUCAGUUCAGAAAUAAGACUGCACCAAAAACUUGUCAAUUCUUUUGAGAAGGUGGUUUAUAACAAAAUUACCCAUAAUUAAGAUAAAGAUUGUUAAUAAAGAACUGUCAAUUAUCAGAUACAUAUAUUAUUGCAAAUUACAAAUUUAUAUUAUUUUUAUCUUGAACUUAUAUAAUCAAUUUUUCAUUUUACUAUUUUUAUAUUGUUGGUAGGACUUGUCUUUGGCAGCUCAAGUUUUUUAUUCAUAAGAUAUAUCACAAUGAAAUUUUGCAGAAAAACAUACCUGAUUCAAAUGAUUCUAAAUCCAUCUAAAAUCAAAACUCAUUUUGACUGAAAGAAUAAUAUUGUAAUAAUUAACAACAAUUGAAAGUAUACAUUAGUUGUUCACUAAUGAACCAUUGAGCUGCAAAAACUUCACUUCCUAGAUGUAACAAAAUAAUGUAGAUAUCCAUUUGUCUACCUUUCAAAAAUUAAAUUUAUUCUACCAUUGGUUCGUCUGAAAGAAGAUCUAUCCAUAUGAAUUAUUGAAGGAAUGCCAAAGCAAUGAAAUGGCUUCGUAUAUUCGUUCAUAGUUUAACAAUACUGAACCAAUUUAAAGUUUGGCAUUCUUAAGUAGUUUUGAAGAUUUGGUUAGGUCUAGUAACUAGAUUAUUAGUAUAUAAUAAGAAACGAGGAGCUCUCCCAUGGGAAACCCCCAGAAAUAUAUAGUAUUGUCCCUGUGAUGGUGAUGUUCUAAGGAUGAUUUAUUCUUUUUUAUAUAAUACCGGGUUAUCCACUUUUUUAUUAAAAUAUCCUGUAGUGUGAAACAGUAGUGUGUAAUUGAUUUCAUCAAAAGUUUUAUCUACAUAUCAGUUUAUUUUAUUUUUAUGAAAGUUACCUGUUAAUACUUUACUUUAAGCAAUACUCCAUGAAUAAAACAAUUUUUUAGUUUUCCUUAUUUGUUUAGGAAGAAAUCUGUAAAGUGUGUCAUAAAUCCUAAGCCAGACAUUGUUCUUUCUAGGGAACAAAAAAAAUUGAUUUAAUUGCACAAUACUUUUUUAUAAUAAUUUUUGAAUGAGAUUCCAUUUAACUGAUUUGUACUAAAUUUCAAUACAUUCUUGUUCCCUUCAAAGUAUAAGUUUCAUACUUCAAUCAUCAGAUUCCUUGGUUCAAAUAUUUUGUCAUUUCAUGUAGUCGAUAUCCUAAAUUCAGGUGUUCAACGAGAAUUCUAAAAAUCUAAGAUUCCUUUAAAAGCACUGAACGAUUCUCAAAUUUUUCUGGAGUUCCAUGCAUUUUUUUUAGUUUCUAUCCAUUUUGUACUUUCUCUCAACAUAUUCUAUCACUUAUCAAAUAUUGCAUAUUGCAGUCUCCAAGUGUGCAUGAAAAUUUUUACUACUGUAGUUACCAUCGUAAUACAUGCAGUCACUGAAAAAUUGUAUUGUACUAAUUAAGGUCCUGGAAUACCAGAUGAAACUGUCAAAUAUUGUUCCAGCAUUUAUUUAAUUUCUGCUUAAACUGUAUCAAUGCAAAAUAUUUAGUAAUCAGUUUAGAGAAUAGGAAUCUAUUUAAUUUAUUGUAUUUAUUUUCAGUUCAAUCAGAACUUUAUUGUAUUUAGUUUUAUCUUCUAUUUGGAUAUAAAAUAUUUAUGUUUUAUACUGCUAACUUUUGUCUAAAAGACAUAUUCAAUCGAAACAUUUCGAAAGCUGUUUUCAAUUAAUAAUUUUACAAAUUAGUGUUGGCGAUACACUGCUUAAUAAGUUUCUGCUAAUCUAAAUUUAAUCAAAAUAUUAAGUUUAAGCAAUUAUUUUGGUGGAUACAUCAAUCAAACAGUUUCUUAAUUUACAAUUACUUUUGUUUUGUCCAUCUUCUGUUCCUUCUAAUAUUUAAUGAAGAGGAAAUUUGGCAAUGAACAGUUAGUGUCACAGUACGCUAUACUUAUUAUUACACCUCAGUUAUUAAGAUGGUUCCUUCAAAUCAAAGGAUAAGUCGAAGUUUUAGUUUAAAGGUUACUACUCACUAAAGAAAUUUAAUUCUGUUAACACUUUCUCAAACAGACAAGACUUUCGUACACAGUGAAUUAUUGAAUCGUAAGGUAUUAUUUCUAAUUUUAAUCGGUAAUAGUAUUUAGAUUUUUCAAUUUUGUUAUGUUUUGAUUGAACAUUAUCUUAUUUGUGUUUUAUGUUUUCGCUACAAUCGAAAAGUGAUUUAUUAAAUAAAAUCACCUGUGCAAAUAAUCAUAGUCAUUAUUUGGUAGAUAUUUAAAUAGACAAAUGUUGAUUAGUACCUUGUUCAUUUCUUGUAACAUAUUAGUUAUGUAAAUAUUUUGUAAACUUGAAUAUAUCUGUUAUGUUUUGUCUUAUACUCAUUUGUUACUUCAAAGCAAAAUCUUCCAAUUUAUAAUGUACCUACUUGUUGUUAAAUAAAGUUACAUAUAAACAUGAAAUCCAUGACAAAUAUAUACCCGUAUCAUGGCACAUUCAAAAAAUGACAGUAAGGAUAACAAAUUAUCUGAAAUUCGUUUUGCCAAUGGAAAUUUUGGUAUUUGUUUGUGCAUGUGAACAAUUUUUUUUUAAUUUUUAGUUUUGAGCAUACUAUACAACCAUUCUAUAAGUAGACAAACCUUACCUACAAUUUCAUUUAUCAUUUAAUUGUCCCUAGUUGUAGAACUAGAACCUAAGAAAAGUAUCGAGUGCUUCCAUUGAUAAUUAUGGAACGGAUUCUUCUUGCUCGAUGCUUGCUAGAAUUCUUAAGGAAACACCUGGAGAUAAUAGUCUAGAGAAAAUAAUAAGGUGAUAUGAUUUUACGGUUGCAAAUGGACCUAGUGAAAUCUAGAAUUCAAGAAUGGAUAAAAAAGGCUGAGAUUAAUGGCUUACAUUUGCAUCAAAUGAACAGCGCUGUGGGAAAGGAAUAAAAAAGUGAUUGAAACAAUCUGAGAACAACUUUAGGAUAUAAUUUAUUUACGCUUCAUUAAUUGAAUCGUCAAUGUCGGUGAAAUCGUUUGAAUUGUCGAAUUCCCUUGCUUCUGGUGUGCUUAAAGAAUGCCUGGUCUUAUAUAUACUGUUAAAUUUAGUCGUUCCUCGUUGUCGAUCUUGACCUUCUAAACGUCUCACUUCUUUUUUACUGCUUUCAGAUAAUUCUACAGAUUCUUUAUAUGGUUGAUUUUUCGUCUUGAUGGCCAUUUGUCGCGUAUUAGUUUUACUUUCUUGAAUUUCUUCAUCAACUUUUUCUGUUUCUGUUUCACUUGUAGAGGGCUUUUUAGUUGAUCUAACGACUUUUCCAUCGGAUGGUCUCCUUGAAAUCAAAGUUCUUUUAAAACUACCCUUUAUUGUUGUAACAUCUAGACCUUCAUUACUUGACUGAUCUGAUUUAAUAGGAGAAUCCUGCUCGCCUUCAUUUUCUUGUUCGUUCGAAUUAUCAACUUCUUUGAUUGUUGGUUUGGAAGACAUUGCUUUGUAAGAAUAUUUUUCAGCUACAUUUUUCGGUACUGGAAGAUUUAUUUUUGGGGCUAUUCUUGGUCGAUCGAAUAUAGUACCACUAUUAGGUUUAAUAAUUGUUUUAGAUUCGUCAAGAGGGAUUUCAGAAGUACCACUUUUUUUAUUUGUUUUCUGAUUUAUCUCUUCUAAAUCAACAUCUUCAUACUCGUAAGCUGGCCGCCUGUUGGGAUUACGGUUUCUAGGUGAACCAUUUGCAGGCUUCUUAUCAUAAUCUUCAUAUUCUUCGUCAACUAUAGGCCGUCUAUUGGUUUUUCCAGAAGUUUGGGAUACCCUAGAUGGUUUCCUUUUAGUGAAAUAUCGAGUAUUUCCAGACAUCGCACUCCCUCUGUUAAUUUUUCUUCUGUCUGAAAUAUACAACAAGAACUGAAUUUAGAAACUAUGUUAUUUAUCUAUCAACUCAUUGUUUUUCGUAUAACUUCAUUUAAAAUAUUUAUUUAUUCUACACAUGUUAUUGAAGUAGAUGGAAUUUGAUAAAAAGCUUUUGUUUUUGAAAACUGUUACGUUACCUGAAUCUUCCUCAUCCACGUAAUCAUCAUAUUCUUCAUCCUCGUAUCUAUCUCUUCUACCUUUGUACCUUCUAAUUGGUCUGUCAUAUGGCCUUCUUCUUCUACCUUCAUUUCUUCUAUAGAACCGGUCAUCAUAAUAUUCAUAGUCGUCGUCAUCGUAGAGAGGUCUAGGCCUUGGUCUUUUUCUUAUAUACCUGUAAUGUUGCAUUGAUCAAAUUUUAGGCUUUAGUUUCGUUAUAAAAUGCCAAAUACUCGAUCACUCAGUAUAGGGAAGCUAGUAAAUAAAAGAAUAUAAUCAAUUCCUUGUAGAUAAGUAUCGUGAAAUGCCAGGUUUAGGAUCUAAAUGUUAUUUGUAGAUUUAUGGAUAAAUUUUUGAAAUUACCUAGGAGGUUCAUCGUAAUCUUCAUAAUAAUCAUAAUAAGGCCUAACACGCAUUGGCGGUCGGACUCGUCUUCUUGGUUCCAAUGGAAUUUCCACUACAGCUGGUUGUGGUGGAAGAUUUGAAGGUACUUCAACUGCUACAUUAUCAGAUAGCGUAACUGGAGUUGGUAUUUGUUGAGCAGGUGUUUCUACUGGAACUGAUGCAGGAAUACGUCGUUGUGGUACUCUUCGAAUGGAAGAACCUUGUGUAUAUACAGGCGGGGAUUGAGUAUAAAAAGUAUAGACAAUCGGUGGAGGGGUAGUACUUUUUGCUUUGUAGAGCUCAUCGUUCCUAAUUAUUAAAAUAUGUCAUAAAUAUUUUCAACAGAGUAAACAUUGACUUGAGAUGUUUUAAAUAAAUUUUGAGUUUAAUUUGCAGUUAAUACAAAUACAUUUUGAAUAAUCAUAUUCUUACCUAUUCCAAAAUUUCUUGGAAUUUUCACAGUCUACGUUGGAGACGAAAUUACAGUUAAAUAAAGUUUGAUCAAAAGCUGUAUAAUUGGCACAUAGGAAAUCAUAUCUUACUCCAAAUAAACAAUGGUGGUAAACCUACAAACGAAAAAUAAGAAUUUUAUUAGUAACGUAGAAAUAUAUCCAUAAACAGGUUCUGGUAUUAACUAGUUAAUCUAGAUUUUAAUUUAUUGUGUUGUAUUUUCUUCUAGACUUCCUCUUAUGUAAUAAUAUUUAACGAUGAAAAAUAAUGGUAACUGCUAUUUGGAAAUCAAGCUGCCACUUUAUCCUUAGAAUUAAUGGAAACAUAGAGAAAAAAAGAGCUGGAAGAAAGGUUUAUAUGUUCUAUUAUACUUUCUAACAAAUUAUGUGUUACAAAUUUCUUCAAAUAAAACAACAACAAAAUU